AUUGUCUCUGUAUGAUGGAGAUCCAUUGUCUCUGUAUGAUGGAGAUCCCUUGUCCCCGAUGACUGCAGUGAAUGGCAGCGCUGGAGGUUGCCCAUGACUGGGUGCCAUAUAAGGGGGUUACACGUGUGUGUGUGUCUCGCUGCCUCCUCAGUCCUCGUCAUCCUCCGCCGCCUGUCUCUCUCGUGCACACUCAUUCUCCCGGGCUUCCCUGCUGCUCUCUUCUCGCCUGUAGAUGGUGAGGGGCAGCACUCCGCUCACAUCCCGGUGAGGACAGCACUCCGCUCACAUCCUCACUGCCGUCUCCUCGCAGCCUCUUGUUUAUUGUCCCCCCCCCCUCCUCCCGUCUCCUUCCCGAGAGAUGAAAGGUUGAAGCGGCAGAGGGUUCUUGGCAUCGUCACCAUCUGAAGCCCUUUUGUUGAGAGGGUCCAUGACUGGCACACAUUGUGGGGGCUCCGCUCGUCUCCUCAUCUGCUCAUCAGGGUCCUCAGACCUCCAAGGGGCACGCUUUCAGCCCAGGACCACCUUACACAGCCUGACCCAUGUAAAGGCGGAGACCCCCAGCGCUGUGGUUGUGUAACAGCAGGAUGCGGGAGCCAAGGGGACGCUGCCCCUGCAGAUGGGCACAGACUUCAUUCCUGGUCUGCUCGCUGUCUCUGUGUGUCGCCUCAUCGCUCUUCUCCUGCCCGCCAUCUUGCACCUGUAACACCAGCAGUAUGGAGGUGGACUGCAGCGGGCGAGGACUCACAUCGGUCCCCACAGACAUCCCCCAGGACACUAGAAUCCUUCUGCUGCUCAACAACCGGAUUAGCUCCUUGGCUGGGAGCCCCUUCCCCAACCUGACGUCCUUGCACCGCCUGGACCUCUCCAACAAUUUCCUGGACCAGCUGCCGUCUCAGGUGUUUGGGGAACUGGUAAACCUUACAGAGAUACGUCUGCGCAACAACAGCAUCCGCAGCCUGGAGCGGGACCUCCUUCAGGGGCUGCCGCAGCUCCGUAGGCUGGACCUUUCCCUGAAUUUCUUGUCGUCAUUGCCAUCGGGACUGUUCGAUGACCUCCCUGCCCUGCACUGGUUGUCCUUACGCUCCAACCGGCUGCACAGUCUGGAGAGGAUGACCUUCGAACCUCUGAGCAGCUUGGAGAACAUUCAGCUUGGUGACAAUCCCUGGGAGUGCGACUGCAACCUGCGAGACUUCAAGCACUGGAUGGAGUGGUUCUCCUAUAGGGGGGGGAAGAUCGACGAGCUACAGUGCACCCUCCCGAAGGAGCUGCGGGGGAGGGACAUCCGCAUGGUCCCCGUGGAGAUGUUCAGCUACUGCUCCCAAUUGGAGGACGAGAACAGUUCAGGGCCUGGCGAUAGGCCGUCUUCGCCCUGCACUAAAACAAGCCCCGCCCACGCGGAGCCAGAAGCAAGUCCAGACUGUCCUCAAAGGCAGAGGUACCGCCCGGCUAGCGUCCGGCGAGCCAUCGGCACUGUGAUCAUAGCUGGAGUCGUCUGCGGCGUGGUCUGCAUCAUGAUGGUAGUGGCGGCGGCUUACGGGUGCAUCUACGCCUCCCUGAUGGCAAAGUACCACCGGGAGUUGAAAAAACGUCAGCCCCUCAUGGGCGACGCGGAAGGAGAACAGGAAGAGCAAAGGCAGAUUUCGUCUGUGGCUUGAGGAACAAGGAAGUCGCAAAUGGCGCAAUUUUACGAAUAGGGGGUUAAUGCACCCAAGGGGGAAAAAAAAAGAGUGUAUAACUAUAGAAUUCCGCCAUGAAACAACUUUACAAGCCAGAUAUCAAAUCAUCAACCAAUCACAUCUCUCGGUGAACUUAACUACCGAACGGGCCCCCAAUAUAAGGAACCGAAAGGGGCAACGGGAAGAAAACAAUAAAAAUAAAACUCGCCCUUUACAGAGACUUACUGACGCUGGGGUCACCGGGGAGCAAGUUAAAGUCACGGGAUGAUGGUGCGAGUCUGAUCCGGGAGCGGAGGUCAAUAGGGACGAUCCACUGUAACCCUCAGUUUUGUGGCUGAUCCUGUACAGGAUUGCAACACAGAGACUCUAUAGUUUUUUGGGGCACAAUUUUAACCCAAAAAGAAGCGGCAAUAAAUAUCCAGCUCCCCCCCUCCCCCCUCACCGUCUUAUUUGUAAGACUCCUUGUACAGACGACAGAUGAAGGUUGUUUCACAAUAAGCAAAUUUUGGAUGGCAGAGUCCGGGGCUGCAGGGACUCGUACGCUGCACUGCUCUAUCUGUAAAUGCCUCUUUUCCAUAUGUCGGUAAAGCAAUGCACUUAGUUACCAAUAGCAACACAGCUUGAAGCAGCUGGAGACACCAGCAAAGAGAAGGGAAAACCUCUGGCUCUGCAGCUGUUCAUCGGCGCCGGCUCCCAGAAUGCACUGCUAAUAAAGAUGCAAAGCAUGAUGGGGACUGUAGUCCAGACAUGGCUGUCGGCGAGACAGGCGAACAUCAGGAACUCGGUCACUUUCAGAAUCCGCAUGUAAAAGCACAAGGUUCCCUGAAGCCGGAGAUUGAGGGGACGGCUGUGACGACUUCUAUAGGAAAUGUGUUCUAGUGGCUGAAGAAUUUAGGCAAAUUGUAUGAAUUUAAUUGUCUUUAGCCCAUUUAGACCCCACUACCCAGACUAUACUAAUCUAUUACUGAUACAGUCCUCCGCUUGUAAGAUCUGUAUAUCCAGGCCAUACUAAUCUAUUACUGAUACAGUCUCCACUUGUAAGAUCUGUAUAUCCAGGCCAUACUAAUCUAUUACUGAUACAGUCCUCCGCUUGUAAGAUCUGUAUACCCAGGCCAUACUAAUCUAUUACUGAUACAGCCUCCGCUCGUAAGAUCUGUAUACCCAGGCCAUACUAAUCUAUUACUGAUACAGUCCUCCACUUGUAAGAUCUGUAUACCUAGGCCAUACUAAUCUAUUACUGAUACAGCCUCCACUUGUAAGAUCUGUAUACCCAGGCCAUACUAAUCUAUUACUGAUACAGUCCUCCACUUGUAAGAUCUGUAUACCUAGGCCAUACUAAUCUAUUACUGAUACAGUCCUCCGCUUGUAAGAUCUGUAUACCCAGGCCAUACUAAUCUAUUACUGAUACAGUCCUCCACUUGUAAGAUCUGUAUACCCAGGCCAUACUAAUCUAUUACUGAUACAGCCUCCACUUGUAGGAUCUGUAUACCCAGGCCAUACUAAUCUAUUACUGAUACAGCCUCCACUUGUAAGAUCUGUAUACCCAGGCCAUACUAAUCUAUUACGGAUACAGUCCUCCGCUCGUAAGAUCUGUAUACUCAGGCCAUACUAAUCUAUUACUGAUACAGUCCUCCGCUUGUAAGAUCUGUAUACCCAGGCCAUACUAAUCUAUUACUGAUACAGUCCUCCGCUUGUAAGAUCUGUAUACCCAGGCCAUACUAAUCUAUUACUGAUACAGCCUCCGCUUGUAAGAUCUGUAUAUCCAGGCCAUACUAAUCUAUUACUGAUACAGCCUCCACUUGUAAGAUCUGUAUACCUAGGCCAUACUAAUCUAUUACUGAUACAGUCCUCCGCUUGUAGGAUCUGUAUACCCAGGCCAUACUAAUCUAUUACUGAUACAGCUUCCACUUGUAAGAUCUGUAUAUCCAGGCCAUACUAAUCUAUUACUGAUACAGUCCUCCGCUUGUAAGAUCUGUAUACCCAGGCCAUACUAAUCUAUUACUGAUACAGCCUCCGAUUGUAAGAUCUGUAUACUCAGGCCAUACUAAUCUAUUACGGAUACAGCCUCCGAUUGUAAGAUCUGUAUUCCCAGACUAUACUAAUCUAUUACUGAUACAGCUUCCACUUGUAAGAUCUGUAUACCUAGGCCAUACUAAUCUAUUACUGAUACAGCCUCUGCUUGUAAGAUCUGUAUACCCAGGCCAUACUAAUCUAUUACUGAUACAGCCUCCACUUGUAAGAUCUGUAUACCCAGGCCAUACUAAUCUAUUACUGAUACAGCUUCCACUUGUAAGAUCUGUAUACCUAGGCCAUACUAAUCUAUUACUGAUACAGCCUCCACUUGUAAGAUCUGUAUACCUAGGCCAUACUAAUCUAUUUAUGAUACAGCCUCCGCUUGUGAGAUCUGUAUACCCAGGCCAUACUAAUCUAUUACUGAUACAGCUUCCACUAGUAAGAUCUGUAUACCCAGGCCAUACUAAUCUAUUACUGAUACAGCUUCCGCUCGUAAGAUCUGUAUACCCAGGCCAUACUAAUCUAUUACUGAUACAGCUUCCGCUCGUAAGAUCUGUAUACCCAGGCCAUACUAAUCUAUUACUGAUACAGCCUCCGCUUGUAAGAUCUGUACAAUAAGGCCAAACUAAUCUAUUGAUGAUACAGCCCCCACUUGUAGGAUCUACACACCCAAGCCAUGCUAAUCUAUGGCAGAUAUAGCCUACACUUGUAAACCUGUACACUAAGGCCAUGCUGUAAGAUACAGCCUCCACCUGUAAUAUCUGUAUACCUAGACCAUGUAAAUCUAUUGCAGAUACAGCCUAGCUAGUAAGAUCUUCACCCAGGCCAUGCUAAUCUGUUACUGAGACAGCCUCCAUCUGUAUGAUCUGCACCCCUGGGCCAUGCUAAUUUACUGCUAAUAUAACCACUAUCACCCAGGCUAUGCUAAUCUAUUGCGGAUAUAACCACUAUCACCCAGGCCAUGCUAAUCUACUGCUAAUAUAACCACUAUCACCCAGGCCAUGCUAAUCUACUGCUAAUAUAACCACUAUCACCCAGGCCAUGCUAAUCUACUGCUAAUAUAACCACUAUCACCCAGGCCAUGCUAAUCUACUGCUAAUAUAACCACUAUCACCCAGGCCAUGCUAAUCUACUGCUAAUAUAACCACUAUCACCCAGGCCAUGCUAAUCUACUUCUGAUAUAACCACCAUCACCCAGGCCAUCCUAAUCUACUGCUAAUAUAACCACCAUCACCCAGGCCAUGCUAAUCUA